AUGGAUAGUAUAUUACUAUUGCACGAUACAAAAUAUGAGUGCAGAGUACCCGAAGGAUUACACGAACUAUGUAAAGAUAUUUCUCACAAGGUUCUACGUACUCAGCCAACAAAUAUUUAUCAUUUUAUCGCUGAUUAUGUUGACGCACUUUUAAUUACACGAGACAAUACCAAGGUGGCAAUUAAUGUUGUUAAUAAUGUUGUGGAGAGCAGUGAAUUUAUUAUUAAUACUCUAAAGUCCAUGGAAGUUGAUUUUAAACAAAUUGCCGCUGUAGCACCAAAAUUACAACAAACAUUCCGUGAUUAUUUGGAUGCCGAUAAUGAGUCAGCCUUCAGAAAUUACCGUCAAAGAAUGAUAGACAACGUAGUAAAUAAUAAAAUACCAGAACAAAAUGCAACGAUAAACAGAAUUGAAUCUCCAAGAAAUUCUGGUGAUUCAUCAAAGGAAGUCAAAGAAGUUAUUACUCUUAUAAAGCCAGCAUACCAAAGGUAUUUUUCAAAUGAAAGCGAUAAAAUUGAAUAUAAAGUAGAUGAAAGAAAUGAAAAGAACGUUGUAAUAAAAAAAGAGUUUUCUCAACUGGAUAAAAAUAUUCAUGCAAGCGUUUCAUUUAAUAUCAUUCCCAAGUAUCGUGAUAAAAUAGAUGUCGAUGCCAAUCAAGCGGCACUAAUUAUCCAGAGAGCUUUCAGAAGACAUCGAACCCGACGAAACCUUUCUAAAUCUAAAAGCUCAAUGUCUACGAACUCAGUGGUCGUUGGAGCGAUUCUCAAUAACUUAAACUCAAGAAUAUUUGAGAAAAUUCUCUUACGUGAAAAUAUUUCAAAGAAAUUCCAUUCUCAAGAUAAAAUUGCACGAGUGUCUGAACAACUUCGUGAUGCUUACAAAGAACGCUUCGAUUCGUUUAUAACAAAAAUAUGA